GAUUGACGUCAGUAUUGGACCCCUCAUUUUUCCCCUCUUCCCAGUUUUUGAGCCCUUCAGAGAAAUCACAGUCUUAAAAUUAAAUGAUGACUGCAUCAAAGAACUGGAAAAAUGGAGAACAUCCGAUCCGGGUGCCUGUGACUGGUCUCAUGCAGUCGAGUUCAUGGCGGAACUGGAAGGAAACAGUGCUGUUUGGACACAUAAAGAAGAAGAGCUAAAAAGAAGAAUAAAACACCUACUGAAAUGUGAUGUUUCAGCAGAAAACCUGGUUGAUGAAAGGACGGUUCCAAAGGCAGACUGUCUCCUCACAGCAUGGAUCCUGGAGACCAUUAGCCAAGAUGAAACUUCCUACUGUAACAAUUUCAAGAAAAUGUCAGCUUUGCUAAAAUUAGGAGGUCACCUGGUCUUAAUUGGAGAUAUCCAGGGAUCCUUUUUCAUUGUCGGGGGCCACAAGUAUCACAUCUUACCCAUUGGGGAAGAGUUCUUAAGGAAGACUCUAGAGGAUGAAGGUUACUCUAUUGUAUUCUAUAGUGCAGUGGGGAGGAACGCUGAGAAGCAAACAACUAAUUAUGAGAAGAUUGUGUGUAUCAUAGCCCGCAAAGUAAGGGAAAGAUAGAGGGAAAUCCUGGGUUACAUAGAAACUGAACCCAGAAACCCAGAAACCCAGAAACCAGCCUUUAAAGGGUGCCCAGGUGGGUUUCCAUAUUCUUUUAUUAAGAAAUAAUUCCAACACUCAGUCCCUAUGGAGCGAUCCCCGGCCCUACAGGGAUUAUGGGGUUCCAUUUAGUGGUGGGAACUGACUGGCAGUUGCAUCUCUGGGAGGCAGAAAGCCUACAUUCAAUAGGAGGAGAUGCAUGGCAUUCCAUGGGUAAGUGUGUUGUGCUAAUGGAACAACAUGGAAAAAACACCCAUUGACUUCAAAUGAAUAUUUUAAAAUAUUAAUAAGAUGCCUCACUGUAUCUUCCUUUCCUCCAGUGUAUUUGGAGCCAGAUCGGAUUUGCCUUUUUCUAUUGUAAUUCCUGUCUUUUCCAGUCUUUGCGGA